AAGGCCUCCGGAGCGGAAGUGGGUCGCUGUUGAGGCGGCGCGUCUGGCUGGAGUGCUUCUCCGCUGCAGCUUCCGAAGGUGCUUCUAGCUCGAAGGCGUCGGCCCUCGCCAGACCAAACCAGCCCAAGACUUGAAGAUACAGGAAGUCUGUGUGGCGGAAUGCCUGUCCUAGCCAGAGGAUGACUGCGCAGCAGGAAUGAGCAGCUGAGAGCGGGUGACAUUCCUGCAAACCUUGGUUCAGGUCACUUCCCUCUAGGUUGCAGCCAGAGAGUACCAUGAGUACGCCUGUCCCCUGACCACCGCAGGCCCACUGUCGGGGUUCUCAUGGAAGGACCUUCGUUUCCCUGGACCUGCCGUCAGAGCGCACAUGACCCCCACCUGCCCUCAUCUUACGCCGUUGCAUCUCGCCCAUGGGAAGUGCAUGUCCUAAGUCUGGUACCUGCCCUUGGAGCCCAUGCUUUGCUCAGGCAGGAUCUGGACAGGCAGCACUGUAGCCUUUUAUGAGAGUGUGUGAAGUCGGUUCAGAUGUCCACAGAAUGGGGUGAAUAACGUAGGGGUGGUGCUCAGAGAGAAAGCGUCGUGGAGGGGCAGUCAAUUCUAGACAAGCCCAGAAGCGAACUCGGGAAGCAGCCUCCACCCCUGAGAUGGCCUUGGAAACAGAACCCAUAGAGCUCGUGGAAAGCGCUGGAGAUGAAAUUGUGGACCUCACCUGUGAAUCUUUAGAGCCCGUGGUCGUCGACCUGACGCACAACGACUCUGUCGUGAUCGUUGAUGAAAGGAGGCGGCCGAGGAGGAAUGCGAGGAGGCAGCGCCAGGACCACAGUGACAGCUGUGUGGUGAGCAGUGAUGAGGAGGAGCUGUCCAGGGACAGAGACGUGUACGUGACCACACACACUCCCAGAAACGCCAGGGAAGAGACAGCUCCAGGCCUCAGGCCCUCCGGGACGGUCAGCUGUCCGAUCUGCAUGGAUGGGUACUCAGAGAUCGUGCAGAACGGACGUGUCAUUGUUUCUACAGAGUGUGGCCACGUCUUCUGCAGCCAGUGCCUCCGAGAUUCCCUCAAGAACGCCAACACUUGCCCGACCUGCAGGAAGAAAAUGAGCCACAAACGUUACCACCCCAUUUACAUUUGACGGGUUGAGAGCUGCCCAGGAGAAGGGACGGACAGCAGCAGCGCAGUGGGCUCUUCAUGCCGCCUUCUGUGGGUUAUCUGCCUCCAGUUUCCUGAGCUCAGAAAGACUUUAAAGCCAAGGCCUGAUACGUAAACUGCUCUUUUGUUUCCAGCCCUUCUGAGACCUCUCGUUGCCUCCAGUUCGAUGCUGCAGAGCUGGAGCCAGAGCCCUGCGGGCUGGGGUCUGCACCCCGCUCCUCCGGGCCUGGUUCCAGAGCAGGAGAGCUGAGCGCCUUGGAGUUGAGAAUCAGGGUUCCAGCCUCUUUCCGGAACCUGCACAUUUGCCAAGAAGUUGUCCCCUUUGAAAAGUUUGCCCAGCUUCCUCCUGGCGAUGUUGUCUGGAGCUGGCCCUGGUCAGAGCUUGAGCUGGUCCACCCAGCUCUCAUGGGCAUGUUACCUCGUCCCAAGCCCCUGCCUGCCACAGUGACCAAGCCAGGCACAGCCCCAGAAGGAUCACUGGACUCUUCUUCCCGAGAGUCAGAGGUGACUGACCCCACCAACACCUUAGCAGUGACAUGCAGGGCUUUCUGCAGAUGGGGAGUCAGCAGGGCCAUCAGCCCAGGCCCUAAGGAUGAAACGUGCAAUGAAGCCCGCCUGCCUCCUCGCAGCCCUGCAGAUGCAGCGCUGGCCAUGCCUGUCAGGCCCUUGCGCCUGUGGCCCCUGCCUGCCCGCCUGCCCUGUCGCCACCUGUCCACAGGGCCUGACCAGGCCCUCGUCCUCCACCUGGCGCGGGCCGCAAUAGUGAGCAGGCUAGCCUGUGGUGGGUGCCUGCUCUUCUGAUAGCAGUCCACCCUGUGCUCACCACGUGCCCUCCGGUCCUCAGUUCCCGCUGCCCAAGGUCUCCGCAAGCAUGGAUGCUGGAGGGCGGUGCAGUAUUCGUGGCCUUAUAGCCCAUGUCCGUGCUGUUGCCCAGCCGCAGCCGCAGCCGCAGCCGCCCUGUGUCUCAGCUCGGUCCACCUGGCGGGCUGGGUCCUGCCUUGGCCUUCUCACCCACCCCACCAACCGACAUUCGUUUCAGAAGCUGUUCUUUUGGCCAUUUGGACUUUGAUCCUUUGGGCUUUUGACUGCUCUGUAGAUUUUGGUUGGCAAAGUUCCGUGGCCUCUCCUUGCCAAUGGGCCCAGAUAACACCCUCUGCUCCUCUCUUCAGGCGUGUGAGAGCCUCGGGUCCUCCAGGCGGCUGAGCUUCCCCUGACACACGGCUUGGGGGUGGCCGUGGGGAGGCCCGCGGUGCCAGCCUGCCUCCACCUCCGCACCCCUCCUCACAGGCCUCGAGCCAGACAACAGCCUCUGCGCGUGCAGCAUCUUCUCUGGGGAGGGACCUCUGGCUUCGCAGCAAUAACUGGCCUUCAGUUCCCUCUGAAGGAGCCGGGACUUGGCACAGUUCACUUUAAAUGGGGCUGAAGGAGUGUCCCUCUUCUGUGAAAAGUUUUAUUCUUCAUUCUGACUUUUUAGCUGUUUGGCUCACCUCCAGUUACUUUGAAUGAAAGGAACGCUUUUCUCUUCGGAGUGAGGGCAGGACGUCAGUUUCCAUCAGCGGUGUGUGCCAUGUGUCCGCCCUCCAGCCGGACGUGGUUGCCGUUACGUUUCUUCUGAGCUUAACGGGAACACGCUUUUGUUACGUUCCCACAGUACCCAGACUCCCGGAGCCAGGAUGACCACGCAGCCAGAAUCUUUCGUUUUAUGUUUAAGGAUUAAUGAUUGAUCAUGAAAGUUGUAUUUCUGCAUACUAUAUUAAAUUGGGAGAAAAAUGUUUAGUUUCUUCUAGUCAGACAUUACAAAAUAGGAAAGGUUGAUGUGAAAAAACCCUCCUCCUCCUCAAUGUACAUAGUCCGUAUCUUUCUUUGUUACAUAUCCAUGAUGUCAGUCUGUUUUGGACCCUCUGCUAGUGUUACAGAUGGAAAUAAACCCAGUAAUUUGAACCAGAUACCUUCCUUUGCAUCCUUCGCUUCUUGGGAUCAGCGCUCCUUCCCAAGGUGUGUGAUUUCCAUCUCCUCAUGUGGCGUGUG